AGAGACUAAUUUUAAGGCAGUACGCGUAGUUACACUGUUUCACGCAACAGCCGCAGUUCCAUGAACGCCACAUGUUCGAUAGAAUGUCUCUAGAAUAAAAGAGUUCCUUCGUAGAAAUACUUGAAAAUUUCAGAGGCAACGAUGAUGCUCUAUAAUCUUCUCGACGGCGUCAAAGAAAUUCUGAAGAUUCAAAAGUUCCGAAGAAUUGUUUCAUACACUGGAUUCUAUUGCUUUGUUGCUGUUUUGAGCUACGCUUAUACAAACAACACAACUAGAGCUGGGUAUUCGAGGGCUGAUCAAUUCUAUGCCUCUUAUCCUGCUGGAACCGAGCUUUUAACUGACACUGCUAAGUUAUAUAAAGCGGCAUUAGGCAAUUGCUUUGAAUCAGAGGAAUGGGGUCCGAUUGAGUUCUGUAUCAUGGCUAAACACUUCGAUCGUCAAGGGAAAUCACCAUAUGCCUAUCAUUCGCAAUACAUGGCCCACCUACUUUCUCAUGGUCAACUAGAUGGAAGUGGCUAGAAGGCUUUUAAGUACGAGAUAGGAAAUUCACUGCUAGAUGAGCAGAAGCGUAUUAGCACCCUACAAGUGAAAUGGUCCGAACUAUAUUUAGACUUUAUGACCAUAAUUUGCACCAUUUGGCAUUGACUUUAAUGUUUUCUGAUACGUGAAUGUCAUCUUUACUCUUUCUCUCGUAUGAAUUUGUUGAACUUUACUGAGAAACAUCACAUCAAUAUAUACAAAUCUCAAAUGCAUCCA